UUGCACUGUGGGUGCUGGCAUGUGUGCGCUUUCGGCACACCACAACAAAAAGUUUCGCCAUCACUGCUAUAUAACAUGGUUGAUUUGGGGGAGGGGAAGAGAAGGAUCUCCUUCCAAUGUUCAGUUGUUUUAAUCUAAAUAUUUUUCUGUCAUCUGGACUGUUGACUACAGAUGGAAGAGCCUCUGAAGCAGUCAAUCUUGGUAACUCCUGAAGAAAGAGAAGGUCUCUCCCAUCCCUCCUCUAUGAAGCAGCUAUGGGGAAGCAUCUCUGAGGAGGAUCACAACCCUCUUUGUCAUGGAUCAGCAAAAGCGCAGGAUUUGGUAUCCUUUGAGGAGGUGGCUGUGUAUUUCACGGAGGAGGAGUGGGCGAUGCUGGAUCCCAACCAGAGAGCCUUGCACGAGGAUGUUAUGCUGGAAAAUUUUAGGAGUGUGGCCGCUCUGGCUUACAGACAAGAGCAUGAGAAUUACAAGGAGCGAGUGAUCAAGUCUGAAGAAGAUUCACCUGUAGAUCAAGACCCAUCACAAGGGAGUAAGAAAAGCUGUGAAGUGAGCAGAGGGGAGGAAUCUUCUGCACACAGUGAAGUCCUUUCUCGCCCAACCCAGGAAGUUCACCAACAAGAAGAAAAGGGAAAAUACUUCAGAUUUGGCAAAGAAGACAAAGAGAACACUGAUUUCAUUAAAUAUUAUCCAACCCAGACAGAAGAGGAACAAUAUGAAUAUCAAGAGGAUGGGCAAAGUAUCAGCUCGACCUCCUACCUUGAUUUACAUCACCCAUCGUACAUUCAAGAGACACCAUAUGCAUGUAUAAAUUGUGAGGAGAAUUUCAGUUUCAGUGGUCACAUAAUUUCCCAUAAAGGAGAGAAACCAUAUGAGUGUGGAGUGGAUUUCAGUAAGAAACAAUUACUUAUUUUACCUCCCAAAAUCCCCCCAAGGGAGAAACCGUAUCGAUGUCUGAGGUGUGAAAAGACAUUUGCUCAGAAAGGAAACCUGAUCAUACAUGAACGGACUCACACAGGGGAGAAACCGUACGUAUGCCUGGUGUGUGGAAGAGGAUUCAGCCAGAGCGGUCACCUUACGAGACACCAACGAUCCCACAUGGGGGAGAAACCAUAUACGUGCUUGCAGUGUGGAAGGCAGUUCAGUGGGCGUUCGAACCUGGUGAAACACGUAAGGAGCCACACGGAGGAGAAACGGUACCUAUGUACAGAAUGUGGAAAGAGCUUCCGCGACAACAGCGUCCUCCUUUGCCACAGGAGGAUCCACACGGGAGAAAAACCCUUCCAAUGCCUGGAGUGCGGGAAGAACUUCCGGCGAAACUGUCACCUUUUGGAACACAAGAGGAUCCAUACAGGAGAGAAACCCUACCGGUGUUUGGAGUGCGGAAAGAGCUUCAGUCAGAAAAGCAACCUUUCGCAACAUAAACGAAUUCACACCGGGGAAAAACCCUACACGUGCCCGGAAUGUGGGAAAAGUUUCAAUCAGAGCAGUCAAUUUAUUUGCCAUAAAAGGAUCCACACAGGAGAAAAACCGUACCGGUGCGUGGAGUGUGGGAAAAGGUUCGGUCACAACAGUAGCCUUUUGCAGCAUAAAAAAAUCCACACGGGAGAAAAUCCCUAUAAAUGUGCGGAGUGCGGGAAAUGCUUCAAUCAGAACUAUAAGCUUUUGCAACACCAACGGAUUCACACGGGGGAGAAGCCGUACCAGUGCCAGGAGUGUGGAAGGAGUUUCACUUGCAGCAGUGACUUCGUUUGUCAUAAAAGGAUUCACACGGGAGAGAAACCGUAUACAUGCCUGGAGUGUGGCAAGGGUUUUAAUAAAAGCAGUCGGCUUAUGUCUCAUAGAAGAAAACACACCGGAGAGAAGCCGUAUAAAUGCACAGAGUGCGAAAAGAGAUUUUCCUAUAAGGAUGGCCUCACAAGACAUCAAAGAACCCACACUGGGGAGAAACCGUAUAUAUGCUUGAUAUGCGGGAAGAAAUUUGGUGGGCGUUCAAGUCUUAGAAACCACAUCAGAAUCCACACGGGGGAGAAACCCUACAAGUGCAUGGACUGUGGAAAGAGUUUCUGUAAGUACAGUAAUUUCCUUUGCCAUAAAAGGAUCCACACGGGAGAAAAACCGUACAACUGCACAGAAUGCGGGAAGAGCUUCACACAGAACGCGAACCUUGUCAAACACAAAAGGAUCCACACGGGAGAGAAACCCUACAAAUGUGCAGACUGCGGGAAAAGCUUCAACCAGACCAAUCACCUUUCGCAACAUGAAAGAACACACAUAGGAGAGAAACCCUACAAAUGUCUUCAGUGUGAAAAGACCUUCACUCAGAGAGGCAACCUUACUAUACAUGAAAGGAUCCACACGGGGGAGAAACCCUACCAAUGCCUGGAUUGCGGAAAGACUUUCGCUGAGAGAACCAACCUUGUCACCCACAAAAGGAUCCACACGGGGGAGAAACCGUAUAUAUGCCUGCUGUGCGGAAAAAGAUUCAAUCAGAGCGGCCAUCUUACGAGACAUCAACGGACCCACACGGGCGAGAAACCGUAUACGUGUCUGCAGUGCGGGAAGAAGUUCAGUGGCCGUUCCAGCCUUCUGAAGCACGAACAAAGACACACGGAGGAGAAACCGUACUGGUGUACGGAGUGUGGGAAGAGCUUUCGUGACGUUGGUGUCCUUGAUUACCACAGAAAGAUCCACACGGGAGAAAAACCGUACAAGUGCACGGAGUGUGGGAAGAGCUUCACACGAGACUCUCACCUUGUGACCCACAGAAGAAUUCACACAGGAGAGAAACCCUACCAAUGCUUGGAGUGUGGGAAGAAGUUCCACCUGAAAAGUAGCCUUUUGCAACAUAAAACCAUUCACACGGGGGAAAGGCCCUACCGGUGCUUGGAAUGCGGGAAAGGCUUCAGUCAGAAUAGCACUCUUUUCCAACACAAAUCCAUCCACACAGGGGAGAAACCUUACACAUGCCUGGAGUGUGGAAAGAGUUUCAGUCAGAACUAUAAACUCCUGCAACACAAAAGGAUUCACACGGGGGAGAAACCAUACAAGUGCGAGGAAUGUGGGAAGCGUUUCAGCUGCAGCAGUGACUUCAGCUGCCAUAAAAAGAUUCACGUAGAGGAAAAACCAUAUAAAUGUCCGGAGUGCGGGAAGGGUUUUAAUAAAAGGAGUUGCCUUACGUCUCAUAAAAGAAAACACACGGGAGAGAAGCCGUAUCAAUGCACCGAGUGCGGAAAGAGAUUUUCUUAUAACUUUGUCCUUAGAUAUCAUCAACAAACCCAUAGUGGAGAAAAACCGUAUCAGUGUUUGAAGUGUGGAAAGGCUUUCAGUAGAUGUUCAGUUCUUAAAAUCCAUAUAAGAAUCCACACGGGGGAAAAACCAUAUAACUGUCCGGAGUGCGGAAAGAGCUUCCGUAAGGACAGUGACUUUAUUCGUCACAAAAGGAUCCACACGGGUGAAAAACCAUAUAAAUGCCUGGAAUGUGGAAAGAGUUUCACGCAGAACGCGAACCUUAUCAAACACAAAAGAAUUCACACAGGAGAGAAACCCUACAAAUGUGCGGCAUGUGAAAAAAGCUUCACCCAGAAAAAUCACCUUUCUCAACACAAACAGACCCACAAAAGAGAAAAAUCCUAAAUUGGGAGCUUUAUUCCAAAUGUGUUUUUCUCCAAAAGUGACCUUCCUGGAAAAACCAUAGAAAUAUUUGGUCUGUGGUAUAAUGUUCAUUUGGAAGGGUAGCCUUAUCAGGCCUAAAGGAAUCCAUGUGGGAGAAUCAUAAAAAUGCACAGUGUGGGAAGAGAUUCAAAAAAGAUUCCGCCUUUAUUUUCCAGAAAAAGCCUUCUUUUGGGAAGAAUGCCAGGAGGAAUUUUUCAGGAACAUCACUGGAAUAGAAUUGGAAAAGAAAAUACGAUAAAUCAGGGGUCUCCAACUUUGGCAGCUU